AUGGCAUCAAUCGAGCAGACAUGGAGCCUUGCCGGCAAGGUCGCCGUUGUUACCGGCUCAGGCCGUGGUAUCGGAAAGGCGAUGGCCAUUGAGCUGGCCAAGCGUGGCGCAAAGGUCGCCGUCAACUACGCCAACGCCGUCGAGGGAGCUGAGCAGGUUGUCAAGGAGAUCAAGGCCCUUGGUAACGGCUCAGAUGCCGCUGCCUUCAAGGCUAACGUUGGCAACGUCGAGGAGUCUGAGAAGCUGAUGGAUGACGUUGUUGCCCACUUCGGCAAGCUCGACAUCUGCUGCUCAAACUCUGGUGUCGUCUCCUUCGGUCACUUCAAGGACGUCACACCCGAGGAGUUCGACCGUGUCUUCACCAUCAACACCCGUGGUCAGUUCUUCGUCGCUAAGGCGGCGUACAAGAGGAUGGAGAUGGGUGGUCGCAUCAUCCUUAUGGGAUCCAUCACUGGUCAGGCCAAGGGUGUACCCAAGCACGCUGUCUACUCCGGCUCAAAGGGUGCCAUUGAGACCUUCACCAGGUGCAUGGCUAUCGAUGCUGGCGAGAAGAGGAUCACCGUCAACUGCGUUGCACCCGGUGGCAUCAAGACCGACAUGUACCACGCAGUGUGCCGCGAGUACAUUCCCGGUGGUGAGAAGCUCUCCGAUGACCAGGUCGACGAGUACGCCUGCACAUGGUCCCCUCACAACCGUGUCGGCCAGCCAGUAGACAUUGCCCGUGUCGUCUGCUUCCUUGCUUCUCAAGACGGUGACUGGGUCAACGGAAAGGUCAUUGGCAUUGAUGGCGCUGCUUGCAUGUAA